AUGGGCGCGCAACAAUCCUCUCCUGGCGGAAGCCAGAUCGUUUAUAGCAACGAGACACCGAUCCAGUUCUCCAAGGAUGUCAUAAACCAUCUCGCCGACGCCCGGGACUCUCCUAACCCAGCACCCGAGCGGCAACAAACGCUCGAUGCAGUCGUUCAGCAACGCAUUCAGUCCGAGAUAAAGCGUCUGCAAGAGGCUGAAGCUCUCGUAAAGGCAGAUAUUGAGGCCGCGCUCGAGCGCGAGAAUCUUGAUCGGGAGAAACAGGUUGCAGAGACGGACGGUACCGGCGGGAGCUCCGAGGAACUGAGAAAUGAGUUGGAAGAGGUACAGAAGCGGGCUGAUAGGUUCAAGAGCAGGCUUUCUUUGGAGCAUGCACCCGAGGUCAAGGAGAGUCAGGCAAAAUUGCUCGCGUGCUAUAGGAGUAACCCUGAUCGACCGCUGGAUUGCUGGGAAGAGGUUGGGCAUUUCAAAGAAGCAGUCUCAAAAUUAGAAAAAGCAAGUACCGAUACCUUCGUUAUACCGUGCGAGAAUCUGACGGGAACAUUGGAUCGAUCAGGACUUUGUCAAGUCACUACAAUAGAUUCUGUAUUCAUUCGUCUUUUCUUGAUCGUUGUAAUGAACGCUCGUUUGAUAUCCCCAAAUGAACGACCGACCAACCAACAUGUGAUAUAUCCAACAACUUCAGGUGCGUGGUAG